CUGAUCCUCUCUCUCGUUCUGUGCCAGAUCAGGCAGGUGCAGGUUUCAGGUCAUAAUCUAUUGUUUUGGACAAAUUUACACUUGGCUUGGAUGGCUGUUUGGAAGUACUUUUGACGUGGGAAAGCAGCAAGGCUAUAGCUGUCCACAGUACUGCAGCACUGUGCCAUUCUGUAUGUCUGAGGCGCUCCCGUGCCAGACUGGAACCAGACUGGACCCAGCAGACCAUGUCAUAUUCACAGGGAUUAGAUACACAAGACAAAGCUGUCGUCUACAAAAGGAAAGUUUGAUUAGCAAGGUGAUAAUGAAGCUUCUAGCGUCAUUAGCAGUGGUGCUCCUCCUGGUGGCGGUGGAGAGCAUGGCGGCAAGAGGCACAUCCAGGAGGACGAAGAGGGAGCUGAUGAGCCCGCUGCACAUGGGGGGCAUCAGGGACCCGUUUGGGUCGUACUGCGAGCAGAGGGGUGGCUGCUGCCCGGGUCGUGAGGAUCAGUGUACGGUACCCUACCUGGACACCAUCUGUUACUGUGACCUGUUCUGUAACCGAACCAUCUCAGACUGCUGCCCUGACUUCUGGGGCCACUGUCUGGGCAUCUCACCCCCUUUCAUUGGCACCUGUGAAAGAAACGGACACAAAUUCCUCUCAGGACAGACUUACAAAGAGAACUGCAACUUAUGCACGUGUGGAACAACUGGCCGUUGGGAGUGUGAGCAGCAUGCCUGUCUGAUAGAGAAUGAUAUGAUCCAGGCUGUCAACAGAGGAAACUUUGGCUGGCGGGCAGGAAACUACAGCCAGUUCUAUGGCAUGUCUCUGGAGGAGGGCCUGAGGUAUCGCCUGGGGACACAGAGGCCCUCCAGGACCAUCAUGAGCAUGAACGAGAUGCAGAUGAAUAUGGAUACUCAGAAUGACCGUCUGCCUCAGUAUUUUAAUGCAGCAGAGAAGUGGCCUGGAAAGAUCCAUGAACCUCUGGACCAGGGCAACUGCGCUGCCUCCUGGGCCUUCUCCACUGCAGCGGUGGCAUCGGAUCGAAUCUCCAUCCAGUCGAUGGGUCACAUGACCCCUCAGCUGUCGCCCCAGAACCUAAUUUCCUGUGACACACGCAACCAAGGGGGCUGUGCUGGAGGACGUAUCGACGGAGCCUGGUGGUACCUGAGACGCAGAGGUGUGGUGACAGAGGAGUGCUACCCGUUCUCUGCUCCCCAGCAGACGACAGCAGAGGUGGGCCGCUGUAUGAUGCAGAGUCGCUCUGUGGGCAGAGGGAAGAGACAGGCUACUGCACGCUGCCCCAGCACACACACCUACCACAAUGACAUCUACCAGUCUACACCUCCCUACAGGCUCUCAUCAAACGAGAAGGAGAUCAUGAAGGAGAUUAUGGAUAACGGCCCAGUGCAAGCCAUCCUGGAGGUCCAUGAGGACUUCUUCGUCUAUAAGAGUGGGAUCUAUAAACACACAGAUGUCAGCUUCACCAAACCGCCACACUACCGCAAACACAACACACACUCCGUCAGGAUCACAGGGUGGGGAGAAGAGAGGAACUAUGAUCGGACAACUAAGAAGUACUGGAUUGCUGCCAACUCGUGGGGGAAGAACUGGGGGGAGAACGGCUACUUCCGUAUCGCUCGCGGAGAAAAUGAGUGUGAGAUCGAGGCGUUCGUGAUCGGCGUGUGGGGUAGGGUCACCAUGGAAGACAUGCAAAGCCACCAUCACCACCAACAUCGCCGACGCAAGUAGAGACAGGCACUCCAGGAACUCAGCAUCCCCAGAGCCCCUUCCUUUCAUCCCAAACCCUCUACCCCUUCCUACCCUGGGGGAGCAGCACAACCAGCCCCAGACCCCCUACCCUUCACCCCGUACCCACUUCCCCUUCCUACCCUCGGGGUGCAACUCAACCAGCCCCGUACUAAACUCUGGGGGAGCAACACAACCAGAACCCCGGAGUUCACACUCUGACCCUUGGAGGAACCAACUACCCCAAGAACCACUACUCUUACCCCUUACACCCUUAUCCCCUUACCCAACACUGUAGGUAUUGAAACUCCAGCCGCCCCCAACAUAACUCAAGGUUUAUGGCAUCAAAACAAACUCACGGCCUGCAGGCUUAGAGGGGCUCCUCCAUAUAGCCUCCCCGGCUUCAGGACACAGCAAUAAUCACCUCAAGACUCACUAUCCCAAAGACCACACUUCCCAGACUCCUUGGCUUUGGCCUGGGAUCGACUGUUUACUUCCUGCUUCUGUUCAGAAGUCUCAAUUUCCACUGCUAUGGUGAUGAAAGGACUGGCUUGAUCUGAACUCUCUCUCUCUCUUUCGCUCUCUCUCUCUGGAAGCCAACCCCUUACGGACAGAUUGGGAUAGUGAGAACCAGAGAGAUAGAAUGUUAGAUGACACAAGCACCAGAGAGAAACUAGCAAUCCACUUGUGUUACAGUUUAGUUAGUGUUAUCACUGAGGACCUAACUCUUAAUCAUGCUAGCUAUAUCAUUGAUUUAUGUAUUCCUAUUACUGUCAGCAGAUCUGCAGUUGCAGUAGCCACGCAUCUCUCUACACAUUCCCAAAAAAGUUUUCUAGCUGAAUUUUACACUGGAAAGGGUGCUGGUCUAAGGCUUGGUGGUAGGUGGGAUUGAGUUUAGUGAACUGUCCUUUUGACCAAUAAUUUAUUUCCCCUCAUUUACCAAAAAACACUGUUUUCUUUUUAGUACAAUCCUGUACUAUACUAAGUGUAUAGUACAGGAUGGAUUCUCAGCAAGCUCUGGAAAUGUUCAGUACCACAUAACCUGUCUGGUUAUGGAAGAGAUGGUGUCAAUCUUCCAAUGAUAUCAAAACAACUUCAGUCUCAUGACCAUGACAGCUCUUGACUGAUUCCAACUGCUUGAACAUAACGUUUCUGUAAGAAUAAUUUUAGUGGGUCAACCAUUUAUAAAUCUCCCUUAAUAGACAGUAUGCACUCUUAGAAGUAACGGAGCCUGGAAGAACUUUUAGAACCAAAGAACCAAUUCUAAAAAUUAUUCGAGGAACCCCUGUGUAAAGGUUCACAUCAGAACCUUUUUGUGAUGAGUGAGGUUCAAUUCUGAACCUUUUUAAUACUAUAUUGUAGAGAUGGCAGCCUAUCAGAAGAUUGGAGGUGUAUCUUAUUGGAGGUAUGGCAGAUAGUUAUUUUUGGCCACACAUUACAGUAAAUGUCAUUCCUUUUCAUUAUGUAAAGUUUCAUCAUGCAAAUUUCAAUGUUCCUUGAAUAUUUAUGCAUAUUACAUAUUCUAAUAUAAUAUUAAUAAUAUUAACAAUGCUGAUGACAUAAGGUCCAAAAUUGGGAUUUGCACAGGCUCUUGAGGAACUCGUACACCUCUGUAAGCCUCAUUGAAGCUACAGAACUGUCAUUGUUCAACCUUAACAUGUGAUGAAAAUACAACAGGAAAUCUGAAAGCCACACCCCUACCAAGCCACACCUCCAGUCCAGGGUUCCGACAGGAACCCUUUGCUACAUUGAAACAUGAAAGGUUCCUCCAAGAACCCCUCAACUAACCUAAGGUGCAAAUAUUGAGGAACUCCAGGGGUUCAUUGAGUACCUCCAGUGUUCCUCGAGUCACCACUAAUUCUAAGAGUGUACAGUACAUUUGAAAGCAGAGAUGAAACCAGUGAGGAGCUUAAAAAAAACAUAUUCUGUUUAUUAAUCAGCUGGUUGACAAAAGCAUAUCUUGGAAAAAAUGAGGCAUUGAUUGAAAUAUCUGAGUUGUAAUUUCUUUGAAGAAGGUAAAAUGGCCACCACCAUGUCAUUUUCAGAUGUUGCUUCAACAUGGAAACGUCUUGGUUGAUCAAAUGCCUCAAAGAAAUAAGUGCUGUUUUUCGACCUCUGGUUGAAAGUGUCCCAUGGUUUGUGUAUUAUAAUCUUAAUCUGUUUCCUUCCGUGUACACUGUUACUAUAAUGCUGAAAAUAUUGUUGUAUUUUACUCCUAUUUUCUUACUUGCUUUGAGAGAUGUGGUUGUCUCACACACACACUCCCCUCCCCUUACCAGCUGCUUUGAAGAGUGCUUGGGUGGUGCACUUACUCCUUCUGAAGGUGAACACACACAAAAUCAAAGUGCCUGACUCUAGGGAGAGGAGGAGGUCGGACUCAGCUGCCAAAGUCUGUUAAAUGCUGUUUCUUUAUAGCCUAAAUCUCACAGACGCAACAUGCCACUAACACUUCAGUAUUCAGCAAUAGGCAAGUGUAGGCCUAACAGACUCAUUGUGACAUUUCAAAGGUUGUGUAUUUCCAAAGAAGUGUUAGGUAGGUAGCUCAAGCCUAAACUGAAGCCAGUAAUCACACAGGUUCUGAUAUACUGAUAUAACUUGAUAUAACUGCCUUAUGUAAUGUUGCUCUAGGUGCUCUUUUUAUACUGUCUCCAAUUCAGAUACAUUAUUUCUGUGCCUAUCAUGAGUUUUAAUGUCUAAGUUUCCAGAGGUGGCAACUGUCCUUUUAGAGACCACAUCAUGUAUCAGUUCACACUGUGCAGUCUCACUUCACAAUAAACUGCUUGUCUUCCCAGAA